AUGGUACUCGGUGCAGGCGUGGCUGGUCUUCAGGCCAUUGCUACUGCAAAGAGACUUGGUGCUGUAGUGGAAGCUUUUGAUACAAGAGCAGCUGCAAAGGAAGAAGUCAUGAGCUUAGGUGCAACUUUUGUUGAAGUAGAAGGUGCGGCUGAUGAUCGUGGUGCAGGUGGAUAUGCCGUCCAGCAAUCCGAUGAAUACUUGCAAAAACAGAGAAGUCUUGUUCAAGAACGUGCAUUAAAAUCAAAUAUUGUCAUUGCAACAGCGCAGGCUCAAAAGCUGGUGGAUCUUCUGGGGAUGUUGGUGGAACUUACAAAGAAAUUUCGGUAA